UCCUUCUUUCAAAUCCUCUCUCCUUCCCAACUGCAAAAACAACCUCCCGAUUUUCUCUCUCUAAGACUGUCCAUGAGAGAUAAAUGGGCAAAUACAUGAGGAAGGCAAAAACGACAGGCGAGGUUGCCGUUAUGGACCUCUCUCUUGGCGUCCGUACCCGCGCCAAAACCCUAGCUCUUCAACGCCAAGCCAGAUUGCCCGCUUCUCCUCCUCAACCACAACCUGCUUCUUCCGCUCCGUCGUCUCCGGGCUCCGCUGGGUACCUCCAGCUACGUAGUCGCCGCCUCGUUAAGCCGCCGACUCUUGUAAAUGAUUCCAAGCGGCAAAAGCAAAGCCAAAAUAAAGAGGCGCAAAACCCUAACCCCAAUUCCGGAGUGCGGGUUGGCUCAACGGUUUCUGGAACUGACGGGUCGGGUCAGAAGAAUGAAGUGAGUGGAGAAAAUAAGGAAGAGGUUCAAGAGAAGAAAAGCGAUUGCGAAGAAAACAACAACAAUAAUGAUAUUAAUGAGAGUAAGGAUUUGGGCAUUGAGGCUUCGUUUGGGGAAAAUGUUUUGGACAUUGAAGGUAGAGAGAGGAGCACUAGGGAAUCCACUCCUUGCAGUUUGAUAAGGGACCCAGAAACCAUAAGAACCCCUGGUUCGACUACUAGACCAACCAGCUCAACUGAAACUCACAGGAGAAUACAGAACUCUGCACAUAGACAUAUCCCGACAUCGCUGGAAAUGGAUGAGUUCUUUGCCAGAGCUGAAGAAGAGCAGCAGAGACAAUUUAUUGAGAAGUAUAACUUUGACCCUGUUAAUGACAAGCCACUCCCUGGGCGUUAUGAAUGGGAGAAACUGGAUCCUUAGAAGACGUUAAUGUUCCAUCAGAACUUCUUUUCCUGCAAAUUCUCGGUUGAUCUUGAGCUUAGGAUUAUUUUUGAAAUAGCAGGAAUUAGUUUUAGUUCUAAUGGUGAUGGUUUUAUUUCCAUUUUCCAUCACCCCAGCACCCUUUCUUUUUUACCUGUAAAGAAAGAAGUAGGAUUAUGAAAAAUUGUGUAGACUAAUGGUCUGUAACAUAACAGGGGUUAGAGUUACACAACAAAUACAAAUCAAAAGUCCUUUGUCUAACAGAUCAUCUGAGAGGGGAAGGGAAAGAUGGUCUUAGGGUUAGGCUUCAGUCAGUUAGGUCAGUCUAUCUGGUACAGAAAUUUUCUAGAUUUCCUUUUUGUACUGUAUUUUCCUCCCCUUCUUUGUCUAUACUUGUACUGAUGGAACUCUUUUGAAAGCCUCUUUGGAAUAAAUAAGAUGACCCAUUUCCCCCUCUUCA